AUGAGAUUCAUUGUACUUGUAAGCCUAUUUAUUCAACUGGUGACUGCAGAAACAGUCCUCCAUCCGUGUACCCACAAUGAAUUUUGCAUCCCUCUGAGCAUAUGUCCAAUGUUCAAACAAUAUACCGGUUCAGCCUCUAGCAAAUGGCCCGAGGAAGUUCGAAACAUUGCCAGGAAUAAACUUUGCAAUCGGGAAAAGAUUGGUCAGCAAACGGUCUACAGCGUCUGCUGUCCUUCAGUUAUGAACAGUCAAACCUGUGGCUCUCAAACCAUUGACAGAAUUUCAUUCGGUCAAGUGGCAUUGCCUUUCGAAUUUCCAUGGAUGGCACUGUUGCGAGACAAGCACGGGAAGUUUGUCUGUGGUGGGACUCUCAUAAGCCGCAGAUUCGUCCUAACGGCGGCCCACUGUAUCAACAGUGCCAAAAUAGAAUCGGUGCGAUUGGGAGAAAAUGACAUCACCCAAAAACACGAUUGCAUCAUUCCGGAUGAAAAGCGCGAUUGUGCUCCUCCACCACAGGACAUAAUGGUCACAAAAAGCACCAUCCAUCCCCAAUAUAGCGCACGGCACAAGAAGAACGACAUAGCUCUUCUCCGGCUAAAGCGGCCGGCUACUUUAGGAGCCAGUGUUCGUACGAUUUGUCUCCCCAAUAAAAGCAAGGAGCAGUGGGAAGUUCAUCCAUCGAUGUUGAUCGUGUCCGGCUGGGGCCUCACCGAAAUGAACGAAUCCUUUGAUGUGCUGAGAUAUGCGCAGGUCCCAGUGGUGUCGAGGAAAGACUGUGCUCCGCGAGUACAACAUUUAAGCUCUUUUCUAAGGUUGGAUGACAGCCAAGUUUGUGCCGGAGGAGUUGAUAAGGUGGAUAACUGUCCUGGUGACUCGGGAGGGCCGCUGCAGUACUUUUACAACAUCACAUCAAAAUACAUCCAGUACGGAGUGGUAUCGUAUGGCGUGAAGAGCUGCGGUGUAAAAAGUGAACCCGGAGUGUAUACAAAAGUUGAACACUUCAUCGGUUGGAUUGUCGAGCAUGUCGACGAAUAG